UCCAACUCUCGUUCGUUUCGUGCGUUCGGCUGUUUUCGUUCGGGGCUUCGCGUUGCGGCUUCGGCCCCAUUGCUCGGUCGCUCGGACGGUGGAGCGAUCAUGAUGGCGCGUUGAUGGCGGCCACACCAAUGGCUGCUCGAUAUGGGGGUAGUAACAUUCUGUACGCCGCACAACACAGUCCUGGGGAGCGUGUGUGGUGCGUUUUUCAUUCGUAGCGCCGUACCAGCGCAGCACACGUUUUCGUAACGGAAAAUACGUAAGGAAAUAUGGCACGUUUUGUACCGACCGUUUUGUGAUAACCGUGUGCCGCGACAGCACACACAAAGUGCAACCGUGGAAUUAGUUACAGCACACUUUACUUUGUUUAUUAGUGGUUAAAAAAGCAGAAAAAUUGGUGGUUUUAAAUGUGUCCCCGGUACUGUCACACCGGCUCUGAUUGUUGAUUGUUCGUGGACGAGCUUUUGCUGCAUUUUGUACCAAAAGCAAGAAUAAAUUGUACUUAAAAAAGUUUACAAAAACAGCAUAAAGGGAAUUUAUUGAUUAUAAAUCAAUCGAAGCAACCCACUGUAAUGAUUGUGUCAGUUGUGUGAGCAUUUCAAACUGAGCAAAACACGUGUGAAAGAAUAAAACCAUGUGAAUGAAAUUCUCUAUAAAACGAUGUAGUUUAGUGUCGAACAACAACCAAAUAAAACAGAUCGUAACAUUUAAAAAGGUUAAUACGACUAUAAGAAAAGAACAGCGGUUGCAAAUACGUAGCAAAUAAUGGACGUGAUAAGAACGUAACGGAAAGGUCGCUACCAUUAAAAUUCUUCCCCUUUUGAAAACUCGUAUUCUGUCCACAAAAAAAUCCAUGGUUGACAGUGUCACUGCAUCAGUUCAAAACACCGGAAAAUCAGCUGUCCCAAGCAAAGGAAAAGCCGGCUACCCUUUCCACACCAGUGUGCAGCAUCAUCGUAUGAACAGCAUUCAACACUGAAAAUGGGUCAAGAUACGGAAGCAACCACGGCCACGGCUGUCACCAGUAUGCCCAUCACCAUUACCACUAGCACUAGCAACAGCACGACGCCGUGUGGCAACAAGCGCAAAUAUGAAGAAAUUUCUACCAGCACCGUACCGGCGGCUUCGGUUGCGACCACCGACAGUGAAAUGACGAUCGUCGAUGUGGUGCAACACGAAUGUCCGGAAACGUUCCCGAACCGACCGGAACCGGAGUGUAGCGAUGGUAUUAAGGCAUGCAAAAGUCCUCGGUACGACGAUGACAUGCAGCAGGAGAAUGGUUCCGCGCCACACAAAGAAGUACAGUCGUCAUCGGUGACGAUUGUGCCGACGAAGGACGAUGAAAGCGGUAUAAGCAUUAGUACAACUAGCGCCACGACGACGACGGUGGAAAGUAGCAUAAGUAACGUUUGUAGUAGCACCAGCAGUAGUAGCAGCAUUACGGUCAGUAGUCCCUUUAUAACGGCGUCUCCGACGAUCCUGAGUCCGACGGCACCGAUUCUGCUGUCCGCCCCGUUACCGGCCGAACCGGAGGAGAAUGCCAUCGCGAAGCUGGAGGCCGUAGCCGUACCGGGCGAAACGGCCUGGAACUGUGAACCGAUUGUGGACAGUAUCAGCAAGCUGCAGGCUGUUGCAGUCCCGGGCGAAGCGUGGGGCAGUGCGUCCGAUAGUACACGAUCGACGUUGGCCACCACACUGCUAGUGGCGGACGAUCUCGACGAUGAUGAUGACGAUUUCGAGGAUGAUUUCGAUGAUGACGAGACGAUCCUGCCGGGAUAUUCGUCGAUGCGCUAUCCGUGUUCACCGAACCGGGGCACAACGGUAGCAUCGAUUGCUGGGGCAGGAUAUGCCAGUCCGGCCUACCCGAAACCGGGCUACUUCCCCGAACCGUACCAGAACUGUGCCCGUACGGGUGCGGCUAACAAUGGUGCCCAACAGUACGCUAAUCGGGGGUACGGUUGGGCCCAGCACGGUUACUACUCGCCGCCAUACGAAGCACCGACAUCGCAGCAAACGAUCCGAUGUGCGGAGAAUGGCAAAAGUUACUUUGAGCUUGGUUCGGCUAACUACAGUAAUGCGGCGGCCGCUGCUGGGAUUGGUGCGGGUGGAUCUCCCGGUCCGAUGAAUCCGGCCAUACCGAUGGGAUCGGCUCAACAGCAACAGCAGCAGCAACAACAACAGCAACAGCCUGGUCCAUUCGGCGGUCCUGGUGUUAUGCCCGGUGCAAGGCCAGGCCAUCAUCUGAAGCGAUGCUGUGACGGGCGCAACAUGUCCUGCAGUAAUAAGCAAUGCUACAAAGAGCGUCGCCUGAAGAUGAUGAAUCUGUCGAUGUUUAAGCUCGCCCGUUUCCGGCAAGCUUCCGAUCAGUCGCUUUAUCGUUCGGUUUUGAUAUGCAACACGCUGAAAUCGAUCGAGCGGGAAAUUGACAAUGAAAACAAAGAGUUCAGUCAGCACCAUCAACAGCAACAGCAUUUCCAGCAACACCAGCAACAUCAUUACCAUCUGCAGCAACAGCAGCAACAGCAGCAACAACAGCAACAGCAGCAGCAUGCAGGCAUGCAUCAUCAACUUUCACCGUUACAACCACCACCACCACCCCCACCACCUUCAACCACGGGUACAUCCGGUUCGGAUUAUUUCGGCAAUCGUAUCGGUGCACCGAAUCCCGCCAAUCGGCAAACCGCGCCAGUUGGUGCUGCAGGAGGUGCAGCAGGAUAUGGUGAUCCUUCCACGAUCACGAUGCAGCUGUCACCGUACGAUCAGCAGCAGCAGCAGCAACAGCAACAACACUCGCAACAACACAUGCUCCAUCCUCUGCAUCAUCAUCAUCACCUACAGCAUCAUCAUCAUCAUCCGCAUCCUCAGUCUCAGCAGCAUCAACAGCAGCAGGAACAACAACAAAUGCAGCAACAGCAACAGUUGCAACAACAGCAUCAUCAUCUUCAUUUGCAGCAGCAACAUCAGCUACAUCCGUUGUCACCGCAUCUGAACAGCAAUGGGCAUCCCCAUCCACUGAAGGAUCCACAAUCGGGACGGGCAACUCCUUUCCCUGCGACAAACGGUGCGACAGCUAGCGCGGUUGUCGAAAUUCCUGCAAUCGGUAGUAAUAAUGGUAGCAGCAGUAGCAACAGCAGUAGUGGCAGCAGCAGCAGCAGCAGUGAUGAUAAUUGCCCAACCACCACUAAUAGCAGCAGCAAUGGCAGCAACAGCAGUAGUAAUAGCAGCAGCAGCAGCAGCAGUAGUACCAGUAGCGACAUUAGCAGUAAUAAUAGCAGUACAAGCAGUAGUACUUCCAGUACCUACGAGCAGCUAGUUCACAGUCACCAUCAUCACCAUCAUCUUCACCAGCAGCAACAGCAGCAACAGCAACAGGAUCAGCAGCAGAUGCAAGCAAUACACCACAGCAGUCAGCAUCAUCUGCACCAUCAUCAUCUUGAGACGGAUGCGAACGGGUUCACCGAUGACGAUUGUACACGUCCCAUCAAUUGGGGCUCGGUGCUGAGUUUAUCCUCCCAGUCCGCACUGGAUCCGCUGAAUGGUAGCGAUCUGUUCGUGACAUCUCCGACCGGCCCAGUGCCGGUAGUGGUGGACGACGAUACGUCUGCACCAUCGUCCGCGAAUGUAGUCGUCGUUGUGGAUAGCUGUGAUGAGAGCGGUACAUUACCGUCCUCCCCAAAUGUUGCCAGUGCCGUGCCAUCGCAGGUGUCCGGUGAGGAGGGUGUACCCGGUGCGAGUACAUCAUCCGGGCCCGAAGCUGGGAGUGAUAUCGUCGGUGGGAGUAAUUCUAAUGGAUCUGGACCGAAUGGAACGAUUGGUGGUGAUACCGCAUUAGCGCAUGUUGAUGGUACAGCUGAGGUUACGGGGAACAGUGGUAGCACUAGUAGUAGUCCCAGCAGCAACAACAACAGUAGCAGCAGCAACAGCAACAACAACAACAGCAGUAGUAGCAAUAGUAGCAAUAGCAACAGCUCUAGCACCAUUGGCAACAGUACAAAUGGCUCCUCGAACGGUGGCACUUCGCCGGGAGCGUGUGAAGUUGACAGUGACGUAGAUAUGGAAGUAGCGACCGGUAGCGGACCCGAAGGUGAUGUCGUAGAUGAUCCGACCGUACCGGCCGCACCGUCGGCAACGGUGGCCGAUGGAAGCGACGAUCACGAUCGUUCGAUCUCUCCCAGCUCCACGACCACACUAACCUCGCUGACGACGCUUACCAGUAGUAAUAGUAGCGCUCGGCCAGACACUAGCCAUCUGACGACGCUGACCAGCAGUAGUGCGGCUUCAUCUCCGCUGCUCUCAUCCUGUGCCUCAGCCCUGCAACACUACAGCAGCUUGCAGCAGCAGCACCAGCAGCAUCAUCACCAUCAUCAUCACCAUCACCAGCAUCAUCCGCAGCAACAGCAGCAGCAACAGCAGCAACACCAUCCGUUCCAUCAGCACGGUAUACACGGUAGUAGCGGUACGGGCAGUUCGAGCUGCUGGGAGUUUGCGUACCUGGACAUGGAUCUCGGCACGACCCACGAGCUGUACGAUAUGUUCCCGAGCUGCUACAAAAUUACCUCGUUCAACACUGGCGACCAUGUGGACGUGCUUGGGCUGAAGGGUCCAAUGCUCGAGGGUCCUAGUAAGGUUGUGUGCGGUGACAAUGAGAUGGACUCGUUCACGACCCACAUCAUGGUUGGCAGUUAGUAUUGAACGGGUGGUACCGUGCAUCGGAUGCGUGGAUCCCGCCGCUAAACCGGUGACCGACCGAUGGCUGUGUGCAAUGUGCGUGCGUGCGUGCGUGCGCGUGCAUGCAAUGGUUCCUUAUAGCUAGUGUGGGUGUAUAGGUUUUAUGGGGUGUGUAGGUAUAUGAUGACGGCCACGCCGCUAGAGAAUCAGAUGGUCAGGCUGGAUGCGCUAGCAAUAAUGUUGUAGGCUACAUGCAGGAUUUGAGUAAAUGUAACGAGCGAUCGUCUGCUGCCUAUUGCUUAUCUAUUACUUUCGCUUUUUCCUAUUGUUUCCUGUUUUGUUCCCUAAUUAUGAGAUGGUGUCAAAGUCAAAUUGGAAAACAGUAUUUUUUGUGGUGUAAAUGAUUGUGCCAUAGCCACACACCAAGUCCCUCCACAGCCAACUCACAAAACCCCCAAUCAGCAUCAAGUAACAUUCGUAUGUCUGUCAGUUCCUCUGCUAUUUUACAAUCCAAUCGAAGAUCAUGUAUUUUCUUUGUUUGUGAAGAAUAUCUGCAUGUUUGUGGAUAUCUUUAUUUUCCUUCCAUUUUUCUAGUCCACUGUUUCUUUCUCAAAUUGUUACCCGUUUUUUGGCUGGAACCAUUUCCACUUUGGAUUGGCAUUACUAGAUUGUGGCAAAGCUAGGACAAAACGUGCAAGACAAACAUGUGUCAAUUGGAGGUAGUGCGACGUAGUAAUAGUAGUACACAUGCUAUUGUUUUAUCACUACCAGACCAGAAACUUUUUGUUUUUUUUUGUUUGUUUUUAUAAACGCUACUAUUGCUACACCGAUAAGGAUGAAUGCGUUUGAUUUUAUGGAUAUACAUCUCUCCUCAGCACAUACUACUACUACUACUACUACUACUACUCAUCCCAACAAUCGCUCGAACAGGAACUGAAAUUUAAGUGAAAAGAAAUUCAAAAGCAUUAACAAAAGUGUUCGUUUUGGGCAGAACCGAAUUCAAAAUCGAAAACAAUCGAAGUGAUGUAUUAUAGGUGGAAAAGAAGAGCGAGAUUAUAUCUAUAUAUAUAUAGAAUGUAGUGUAGUAGAAUCCGCAAACGGAACAAUUUAUUAGUAAAACAGCAAGCAGCAGCAGUUUGAACAUUUAAUGUUGGUAGAAAGGAGUUUAAAAUUGCAAACAAACCGUUGAUCGUUCGUUCACUGUAAUAACAUUACACACGGGAAGGAAAACGGUACGCGAUGUAAACGAUGGCAUCUUUUAGAACAAAAUGUAAUGUGUAAUUUGUAUGUGUUUGUGCGUGUAAUUGAGUGUAUAAGGGCGAAGGAUGCUGCUUGCGUUUUAAUGCUGAAGAAAAGCAGCAACAACAACAACAACAACAGUUCUUAGGUGGUGUAUAAUCUUCAUAGUUCAUAGAGUUCAAGUUCGAGUAAGCGAAAGAACAAAAAAGAGUAAUUUAUUGAUCUAUAAAUAUACAUAUAUAGACCGUAUAUAUAUAUAUAUACACACAACACUAACAGUUAAGCUGUAAAUAUAAGAUUGUGUAGCGCAAAAUGGCUAGGAGGUACAGCAGAAGGAAACAAAUGAACAAGCAUCCCUAGCAUUUAAAAGCAGAAAACGAAGCAGCAAGCAAAGGAGAGAAAGAGAGAGACAGCGCUGCUACUAAGCACAAAACCACGAUGGCAGUUGUUCGUCCGUAAUCAACCGCACCCACCCGCGGCGCGUUUGAUCGGACGUGAUCUUAAUCUAGCGAAAAAGAACAAAAUUACAAACAAAUGAAAACGGAAAAAAUAACAAAUGGCGCGAGUAAUAAAUCAGACAAAUUACUGCAAAAUAUUUAAAUCGAA